AAUGAAAGGACCACUUUCCUUACGCUUACAGACACAGGUAUACUCUCACAGAGAGGGAGUGGAAAGACAGAGAGCAAGAGAUAGUUAACUAUCCUGAAUUAAAGAGAUGAUAAAAUUAUAGAGCUCUCCGCUCCACACACCGUUUGAGAUUAAACAAAGCCAGUUAUUGGCAGAAAAUAAAAGAUCUGAAACGUUUUAAAAAUUACAGUUGCCAUCUUCACUGCUCCACCACUCCAGCAUUCAAGGGCACCACACUAAUGACAGUAUGAAACGGAUGGACAAGAUUAAUCAUUUAGAUUCUAAAAUUUAAUUUAGAAUAGCCUAUAUCAAAUAUUAACUCCACUAAAUUCAUUUUACUCUUCCAUUCCGCUAUGAGGUCCUCAUCUGAGGAGCAGAUAUUGACAGCUCAGCUGAAUAACAAUGAAAGAAAUCUCAUGAGGCAAUGAAAUAAUCAUGAUGUCAUCUUUAUAUCGAUUUUAAACCGUGAGCAUGUGCAAUCAAAAUUUUAGCCUGGUCACAAACUGGGUAUAACCCCCAAUGAUUGUCUGAUUAUGUAUUCAUUUAAUGGCGUCCUGUAGAGGGCGCCAAACCACCCACUGGUGCUCCAGCAGUUACUUCCUCAGCUGCCUAUAAAGAUGAGGCCCUCUGAGGAGAGUGUCUAUGCUUCAAAUAGUAUUUCUUUCCUGUUACAUCAUGAAAUAUAUAUAAUUUUUUCCUUAAUUGAAAGAAAAAUUCAACACUCAAGGGUAGAUAAAUUACUUGUCAAGACAAUGUUACAGUUUUGAGAAGAAAUUAAUCAGAUGCUGGACUCUGCCAAGCCUUCUACUUCGACUUAAAUGACAAAAUACCAGAAAACAGUCUGGCUAGCAAUCUGGAUAUAGUGGCACUGGUAAGCUUUUUUUUUAAAUGUAUGCUGCAUAUACUGAAUUAACAAUUACUUUCUAUUCGACUACACAGCCUUAAAAUACAAUUGUUUGGCAUUACAGGGAAACCUGAUUUGAUGAUGAAUUAAAGCUGUGUGCUUGUUGGUGUUUUAUACUGUAUGUUUAAUCAGAAAUCAAACUGUGGCUCUUGACAUUCAUCCCCUUUACUCUCAUUGGGGAAAAUAUUAUACUAAUUAAUACCAUUUAAUUGGAAUUGUGUUGCUAGGAAAUAGCUUUAGUCCAACUGUCAGUAUUAAUAUUACCAAACACUUCAAUAGGAAAUGCAAUAGUGGAGCCGUUUACAGUAUAAUGUUAGUUGGAACUGUACUUGGAGGACAACGGUGAGGUGAAACCUGCGGUCAGAAUAGUCCUUCUUACACGUUUUAAUUGGGACAUUUCUAGUCACUAAAUAUGGCAAAAUUGAAUAUAAUAAAAUGGAUUUUCUCAUUUUGCUGGAGCCCCCUGGAACUGCCCGCAGGACCCCAGAGGGCCUACUGGGACCCCAUUUGGGAACCACUUAGCUGUACCUCUUCAAAACUUUAAAAGUCAUGUAUUGCGAAAAAGUUGCCAAAAACAUGUAGGCCGGUGGCAGCAGCAGUGUUUCAAGCCAAAGGACCCGAUGUAGCAGAUGAAUGCUACAAGACAGACAGCAUGUCAUCCUCCGAGGUCUGAUAAAGGAGGCAUGGUGAAACAUGAGCAGACAGAGUAGACCUAUAGACUGCGUGGGUUUUUAUUUAUUUAUUUAUUUUUUGGUGUUGAUUGCAAAGGUCUGUCAAAGCUAGAUCUCCUGAAUUCCAAUGGACCCAUCUCUCUCCCCCUCUCUCUCACAGCAUCCAGCAGCUGCGCCUCUCAUGCCUUUCCUGACGCUGAGCGAAGCCUCCCAUACAGAUGAGCGCUGGAAGCCACGCACCUCUUGACGUAGCCACAGACCGGUUGCGGUGCCACUCGGUCUCCGUAGCACGUAUUGCGCAACGUGACUGAUGCUCAACUGGCUCCACGGCGGGCACAUCCGGCUCCCACUGUCGCCUGAAUUCAUUCAAAAGUGGUCUCAUAACGCCGAGACAGCAGCAGGCAUCGCCGAGGAGCUGUAGAGAAACCAUCCGCCGCUCCUCACCGGACUGGACCCUCCCCUUGUCAUUGCCACCGGGAGAGAUGAGUCGAGCGCGCGGCGUCGGGGUGCAGUCGUGAUGUGACUGUGUGAGCGCACGAGCUUCCACAACAGCAGCUUGACGACUUCACCGCCCAGGAGGUGAAGCCAGUGAGAAUUUUGACAGUGUGAGCGUUUUAGUGAAGCAGUGGUGAUGGCUUCGUUUGGCAGCAUGCAGUCAACGCAGCAUCCGCGGAGCGAGCAGUGACCGCAGCUGGAAUUGAGGAGCUAUGUCCGUGGGUACCGAGCCUCUGUUCGCCUGCAGUCGACAGCAUCAGUGUGCCACCUCGGUUUGGCGCCUCGGGGGUCUUCGCUAAAGUCCAGGAGCACCGGGUACCAGUGGAGCGCACCGAACUGGAGUGGAGGAGAGGUUGCUGUUUGAUAUAAGGCCGGGCUUUCUGCAGCCCACUCCCCGCGCCUGCCUGCUUCCCCGCAUCCUCCGCGGCGUCUCUGUGCCGCGAGCGCCACGCGUUUUGACUACACGGCAGCGGGCAUCAAAACCAUCACUACCUGAGUCUGUUUGCCUCCUGCGGCCAUACAUACCUUUACAGCGUAUACUGAGACUAAAUUAAUCGACGUGUGGAUCGGAGCAGUGCUGUGUCUAUGCACCUCAGUCACACCGCCCCGGAAAGGACUUCUUGCCAUUGAGAGCUGGAUAUGCAGAGAUUAACGUGAAAGGAUGGAUCUAAUUAUCUGUGUUUUGGGGCUGCUGGCGCUGAUCGUGGAGGGCAUCCGUUGCCAAGGAGUGUACGCACCUCCGACUGUCCGCAUUAUACACUCAGGGCAUGCCUGUAAUGUUGAGGAGGAGAGGCACACGGAGAGAGUGUACACCAUCAGAGAGGGAGAGACCCUGGAGCUCACCUGUCUGGUGACGGGGCAUCCUCGACCACAGAUCCGAUGGACCAAAACAGCCGGCAGUGUGUCGGACCGCUUCCAGGACUCCAGUGUGUUCAACGAGACGUUGCACAUUGCAAAGAUCCUGAGGACCCAGGGAGGUCGCUACUACUGCAAGGCUGAGAACGGCCUUGGAUCCCCUGCCAUCAAGUCCAUCAGGGUGGACGUCUACUACCUUGACGACCCGGUGGUGACGGUGCACCAGAGUAUAGGAGAAGCUAAGGAACAGUUCUACUAUGAGAGGACUGUGUUUCUGCGCUGUGUGGCCAAUUCCAACCCGCCUGUCCGCUACAGCUGGCAUCGUGGGAGAGAGGUGCUGACGCAGGGUUCGGACAAGGGAGUGGAGAUAUAUGAGCCGUUUUUCACACAGCAGGGGGAAACGAAGAUUUUGAAGCUGAAGAACCUGCGUCCUCAGGACUACGCCAACUACAGCUGCAUCGCCUCUGUCAGAAAUGUGUGUGGGAUCCCUGACCGCAGUGUUAUCUUCAGACUCACCAAUAAGACAGCCUCCCCAUCUAUCAAGCUGCUGGUGGAGGAUCCUAUCGUGGUGAAUCCUGGCCAAACGGUAUCCUUGGUGUGCAUCACCACUGGUGGAGAGCCACCCCCAAUUCUCACCUGGGUCAGCAGUAAUGAUAGCCUGCCACAAAGGAGCGUGGUGAAGGGGGGCACACUCACACUUCCAGCUAUCAGCUCCGAUGAGGCGGGGGUCUACAGCUGUGUGGCCAGCAACAACGUGGGAAACCCAGCCAAGAAGUCCACCACCAUCGUGGUGCGAGCUUUGAAAAAGGGGCGAUUCUGGAUCACUCCUGACCCCUACCACAAUGAUGACAACAUCCAGAUUGGACGUGAAGUCAAGAUAUCUUGUCAGGUGGAGGCAACCCCACCAGAGGAGCUGACUUUUAGCUGGCUGAAGAACGGCCGUGCCCUGCGGAGCUCAGAGCGCAUGGUUAUCACCCAGACGGACCCCGACAUCUCCCCCGGGACCACCAACCUGGACAUCAUAGACCUCAAGUUCACCGACUUCGGCACGUACACCUGCGUGGCGGCGCUGAAGGGAGGAGGCAUCCCUGAGAUCAGCAUUGAUGUCAACAUCUCUUCCACAACUGUCCCUCCUCUGUUUUUCUCUUUCUUAGUUCCCCCCAACCUGACAGUCCCCCGGGGCAAGUCCCCCCUGGUGGCCCGCGAGGGUGACACAGUGGAGCUGGAGUGCCUUGUUUCAGGGAAGCCCAAGCCUAUCAUUCUGUGGUCGCGAGCCGAUAAGGAGGCGCCUAUGCCAGACGGCAGCAUGCAGAUGGAGAGCUACGACGGUGUGCUGCGUAUUGUUAAUGUGUCCAGGGAGAUGACCGGCUCGUACCGCUGCCAGACCAGCCAGUAUAAUGGGUUCAACGUAAAGCCCCGGGAGGCCGUGGUGGAGCUGAUCGUACAAUACCCUCCGACAGUGGAGCCGGUUUACAUGGAGAUGCGUCAGGGCCUGGGGAGGCCUGUGGUGAUGACCUGCAGGGUGCUGCGAGCCCACCCCUCCCGUGUGCUGCGAUUCGAGUGGCUUCUAUCAAACCGGCUGCUCCACGCCGGAGCAUUCGACACCCAAAGAGACGAGACAGAGUACACUAUCCGCAGCCUGAAUCGAGAUGGCUGGGGGGAGUAUACCUGUAAUGUCAUCAACGAGGCUGGAGCAGGCAAAUGCACCUUCCAGGUUACAGGCAAGGCCUACCCUCCAGAGUUCUACUAUGAUACCUACAGCCCUCUGUGGCAGAACAGGCCCAGAGUCUACGGUUUCAAGCUCCAGUGGACCCAGAUGAACCCCAAUGCUGUGGACCGCAUUGUCGCCUAUAGACUUGGCAUCAGACAGAUGGGGUUGCAGCGCUGGUGGGAGCAGGAGAUCCCUGUGGACGGAACAAUCAACAAAGGAGAGCUCAUGACACACAACCUGACUGAGCUCAUAAAGCCUGAAUCCUACGAGGUGCGCCUCACCCCCAUCACAAGGUUUGGAGAGGGCGACUCCACCAUCCGAAUUGUCACUUACAGCGCUCCCAUCAACCCUCACCUGAGAGAGUUCCACUGCAGCUUUGAGGAGGAGCCCAUCUGCAUGUUCACCCAGGACAAGAAUGAUGAUUUUGAUUGGACGCGGCACAGUGCUGCUACCCGCGAUACCAAGUAUACACCCAACACUGGACCCAGUGGUGACCGCAGUGGUUCCAAGCAGGGUUUCUACAUGUACAUUGAGACAUCAAGACCACGGAAGGAAGGGGACCAAGCACGGCUUGUGAGUCCGUUUUUCAACGUAGCACCUAAAAACCCUUACGGUAUCACCAACCCACCUGCGUACUGCUUCGGCUUCUUCUACCACAUGUAUGGAAAACACAUAGGAACACUAAACGCCUUCCUAAAGCAAAAGGGCCAAACGACCUCCGAGGGUCCUGCGUGGUCGCUAAGUGGUAACCAAGGUGACCGCUGGAAGCAGGCCAAAGUAAGCAUCCAUCCAACAUCAUCCUUCCAGGUGGUACUCGAAGGUAUCCGGGGACCAGGCAUCGAGGGAGACAUCGCCAUCGAUGAUGUCACGCUGGAGGAAGGGGAGUGUCGAGACCCACCGCCCAAUCUCAGCUCAAAGGCUCCGUCCACAUCCUCCCAUAUAUGGCUGCUAUGUGUCACCUUGGUGAUGACCCUCCUGGAAGGUCAGAGGUGACCCUUCUCUCCGUCAUCUCAGAGGCGAAUAUUCAGACCCACCGUCUGUGAACUAUACCCUCGGCAUCCAAUCACCAAAGAUUCAUGCAUCUUGAAAGCAGCAGGGGACCCCUGACAGACCAUGGAAGGACUGAAAUUAAUUAAAGAGAGAAAAAAUUGUGAUAAAAAAGUUACACAAAAAGUAAUAAAGAAGAUGCGCUAAUUUUUUAAAGAGACCUCUUUUACAGAAAACACUCCUCGGUGCAGGACUCGGGACAUCUUUACGAGCACAAAGACAGGUGGCCGAUGAAUAAGCCUGGACUUUGGCAAAAGAGUUCACAAGCGUCGAGGGAGGACAGUUUGUAAAGCACAAGAACAAUUUUAUGACGUUAUGAAAAUAUCUUUGGAAGGCGGCAGAAUAUAGACUCUGCUGACUUUUUGAAGAGGAAAUAACAUUUCCCUGCUUACAAAAACAUGGAAUCAGACAUUCUCUGUGUAUCUUUAUUUUCAUCUUCUUGCACCAGAUGCCAAUCACCAACACUUGUUUUUCACUCUAGCCCAGCCUCACUUCACACCUUGGCAUUUCUUUAUCUGCUCGGUGCUGUACUGUAGAAAAACAAGGACUCUGGCAACAUUUUGUUCCGUCUGCUUAUUCCCCUGUAGCUGCCUAUGUAUCUUUUAACACUGUGCUCACGAGUCCAAGUGGCCAACCAACGGUAUGGUGGCAGAACAAUAAAUGCAGAAGAAUCAGCGGAGGUGUAGACAGCUGGACUGGAGGGCAGAAAGAAGUUCAAGCUUUGGAGAUGAAAUGAGAGGGAGCAGUGGAAAGAGAGCAAAGAGGAGGUGUGUUGAAGGGAGGAAGAGUGGAGGGAGAGGAGGAACAGGCAGAGAGUAGAGAAAGGUCCGAUUAGUGAGGCCCGACUCGAAUAUUCAGUCAGUGGUCCACCUGUGGAACAGAAGCCACUUUACUUUCUGCCAUGAAACAAAGUGCCUUCAGAUUACAAACCGAAUCGUGAGCCUGGGUGUUAAUCAACAUCGGACACAUCUCUGUUCAUGUUUCCUCUGAUGGGCUAUUUUCUACAUGUUUCUUUUGCCCCACAAGUGCUGAUGGGAGGGCAUGCGUGUUCAGGGGGAGUAUGUGGUUGUGCUACACCUGGAUUUAACUCCUGAUGGAACAGUUGCCUGUGUGUGUGUGUGUGUGUGUGUGUGCGCGUGUGCAUGCGCCUAAGCCUAAGCCUAUGCCUAUGCCUAUGCGUAGUUCAAUGUGAGGGCGUCCGACCAGGCAGUAGUGGCAGACCAGGUUUGGAAACAAUUUGGAUAAAAACAGCGGCAACAAAGUGAAAGUGAGGCUCUGGAUCUUUUUUCGCAGAGAGACAGUUUAAGAUCAUACAGGAGGAUAAAGACACUUCAUCGAAUGAAUACCCCUCUCUCUCUUCCCAUAAUUCUCCUUCCCUGCGGGCAAGCAUUUUUUAACAAAAGAAAAGAACAACUGCUGAAUAAAACAUUGUGUUGUACAGGGAGGAGAGUAGGAACUUUGGGACUGCAGGCUCUUCAUUAGGGUGAUACGCCUCGCCCCUGUCCUCCACCAUUUAUAUGGAACAAUAUGAGAAUAAAAGAUAAUAAUGACCAUAAUAAUAGUCAUGAUAUUUUAUUACUCUAGCGAGAAUGUUUCUCUGCUUUUACACAAACUGUGAAGAUUGACUGUGGAAGAUCUACCUGAGACCAUAACCUUAACCAGCGGGGUUUUUAAAAAAAUGUAUUGUAAAAAAGAGAAAAUGAAAAAUUCCGUUCAUUGUUGGUUAUGACAAAUGUUUUGAGGACUUGUGUCUUGUUUCUUAUUUUUUCUGUUGAAGACGACUUAACUUCCUUUCUCUUCUUGUUGUCUCCCUUUGCAUUGCUUAAGUAUCAAAGCUGAUGGAAGCAUAAGAAGUAAACCAAUUUGGUAAAUGUAUAACUUGUAAAUGUUAAAGAAGCUCUAUUCAAAGGUUUAUGAUAAAUGUUUUAUGUUGGAGUACAGGAAGCACAACAUACAGUUUAAGGUCUCAACAUAUAAAAUUAAUUUUAUAUUUCUCUGCACAUACAUGACCUACUCCCACAGGCUUUUCAACACUCUGAAAUUAGUCCACAUUUAACAGCAAAUUGAUCAUUUUUUACUCGUUACAUUCAUAUUUAUAGUGCAACCAGAACACUUAAGGACACAAGGGGAACCCAGUCAUGAGUAUAAAUCAAAUCUUCAUGAAUGCAGUUCUGGGUAAAGGUUCAGUUUGUUGUUGCGGUUGUUUAGCAUAUGUAGCCUCUUCAGUGGAAGCCUGGGUUGGUCUGAGUGGGUCAUGUACAUGUGUGAGCAUAAAGCUGUGUACAAUAGGUAUGAUAAGUAACUGAUACAUGUAAAGAAGAUAAAUAUGAUAAGCAAAACAGAGCAGAAUGAUGAGCAUUUCAGGGCAUCCUUAUAAUAUCAUUAUGGUCUGUACAAUGUUGUUACACAGACAUGAUCACAGGUAUUAUCUGCUAUCUAUUUCAGUUUUUUUUCUUUCAUUUCUGUGUUUUUAUUUCCAUUAGGCCCAGAUCACAAUGAAUGUAAAUGGAGUUCUGGGGCAGUUCUUUUCCUACAGUCUUAAUAGAUGUAAUGUUUUACUAAAACAUAUGUUUUUUGUGUGCUUUUCAUGAUGAGAACUUUCAGACUUUCAUAGGUUGUUUUGAACACAUCAAGAACAUGAAGUUCAUCUGACUUUGACACAGACCUUGACACAAUUUCCAAAACUACAAGCUCAGAUAAAAUAUCCAUUAGCCUAGUUGCUAUAUCCUCCUGUGAUAUAGUAGGUAAUGAAAGGUGCCGAAGUGCCCCGUGCAGUCGUAUGGAUAUGAGUUCCUUAAGAUACUCUGGUAACUGUUCCUUUUACAGCCACCCUGAGCACCUGGCCAAGUCACGACAAGAAUACAAAAUCUUUGAAGUACAUGAAUGAUUAAAAAUUACAGCUGGAUUUAAAUUUUAAAUACAAUUUUUGGUAUCACUGUGGUGUUGAGGUCAAAAGUUUUAACAGUAAUAGUUUGGGCAAUUAGCUUAUUCGCUUUCUUGCUGAAAGCUGGUUAGCUUAGCUUAGCAUAAAGACUGAAAACAGAGGAAAACUGCUAACCUGGCUCUGUCUGAAGGUAACAAAAUCCACCUACCAGCAGCUCUAAAGCUCACCAAUUAACAUCUAUGUUUUGUUUGUUUAAUUCGUACAAAACCUGAAGUAAAAAAACGACAAGUUGUGGUGUACGGGGGGUUGUCACCAUGAGCUUGCCAGGCACCUAGCAGAGACUUCAGGUAGUCAUUGCCCCCAGCCAAGAAAUAGACUGGCACAUAACCCGCCCAUAAAAUCACAAUUUGUCAUUUUUACUCUUUGGUGUUUGUACGGAUUAAGCAAACAAGAUAUAACGUGUUCAUUAGCGAGCUUUAGAGGUGCUGGUAGGGGGAUUUUGUUAGCUUCAGACAAAGCCAGGCUAGCUGUUUUCCCCUGUUUCCUGUCUUUAUGCUAAGCUAACUGGCGGCAUGUUGUAGGCUUAUAUUUACUUUACAGAUAAAAAGCAAAUAAGCCCCAAAUGUCAAACUAUUUUAUUUAAAAUAACCACCUGAGUUUGAAAAACUCCUGUAUAUUCCCUCUUAAUUGCCAUACUGUGAAAUUUGUUUUGUGUAUGUUGGAAUUAUAUCAGUAUUAGCCUUUCAAAAACUAUGGCAGACCUCAUUUUUAUCCUACUUUUGUGGUGUAUAUUAUUAAAUUCUGGGUACAUUCAUACAUAUCUACAAAAUUUUCAUCUGUGUGAAAGAAAUAUUGACUAAUUUUCACAGAGCCGCAGCAGAAAUUGGACAGCAAAAGGAAUCAUUGUUUUGUUUCCAUGGUUUUUCAGCUCUCCCCAUAUCCUUUAUUUCCAUUUCUCUACCCGUGUCAGCCUCUCCCCUUUGUGUAUACGAGGGAUGUGAGCAUGGUGAGUCGCUUACACACUCAGCUCUAUUUAUUGAUAAAAGUCCUCUAAGCUACUUCAAAGUACAAUUGGAGGGGAUUAACAGUUUUGGAAUAUGUAAACAGUGUUGUGUGACAGUUUUCUUUCUUACGGUGUUUACUGACUUUAUUUUGCUGAUUAGAGGCUUCUGCAGUUGUGGAAGGUGUGAAGUGUUCAUAAACUAACAAGGGGAAAUGGGUUUGAGGUAUUUGUAGCUUCUGAUUAGUCUGGGUGCUGGAGCUGAAUGUGUCCAAAUGUGCCAAGUGGUUUGUUUUUACAUCACUGUGUCUGGGCCCAAGACAUUUGGUGCAUGUUGUUUUUCUGACCAGCACACAGAGUAUCAGAUGUUUCUCACAGCAGCCACUCAAGUUAACACUCAUGCAAGAGUUUACAAUUAAUAGUGCCGUACAUUUUCAUAGAAGGUUUCAAAAAUAAAAUGACAGCACCUUUUCUUCUCAGUAGAUUCUGUUAAUCAGUACUUGAAAACACUUUCACUAUAACAUAAAAUUUAAAGGUCUCUAUUUAUUUUAGAUUUUGUCUGCAAGAAUUGGAAUGUGUAUACUGUAAGUACUGCAAUCGGAUGCAACUGUCCGGUAAUGAAUACUACAUUCUCAAAUAGAGCAAAGCAUUAGUGUAGGCAGAGCACUGAAGUCACACUUUCAUCAGCUGAUUGGCAUCAGCUGUUUCGUUCAUGCUUCUCAAUUUAUGGCUUAAUCACCAGCUGUGUGGCUGUCAGCUGACUAGUAACGUCCAAUCAUAUUCAUGCAGGUGCACAGCGUGGCCAUUAUAGCCUGGCACUUCUCACUAGUACUCUCUGUUGACGUUGUGUCAGAAAGGUGUUGAUUUAACUCUGUAGUCAUUUAUGAAGCUGUAGUUUGUGAUGGUGCUGUACUGGAUUGUAUUAUGUUUUUGCCCCUCCAUGCCAUAAAUGGGAUGGACAAACUUUUAGGGCACCUUUCAAUAUGAUGCAAUCAAAUAAAACCACUAGAAAGUACAGACUGAAAAUACACCAUAGAAUUCAGUCAACACAAAAACAGCUAAAGUACUAAAGCUAGUAGUUUCGACAAAUACUGAACAUUAUAAAUAAGGUGUUUGGGUCAGUUGUAUUGCAAUGCAUUGCAUUACAUCGUACUGGUGACAGUAUACACUAGAAAUUGCCUUUGUCCUUUAUAACACUGCUGAAAACAAACAUCCAAGUCGAUCUUUAUUGCAUAGAAAAGACAAUUGCCAUUUGGUGGGUGGGAGGACGGAAGCAGUCUGCAGUACGGAGACAGAGAUAGUGUUUUCCUUUUUAGAAUACAGUUUCCCCUUCCUUCCUGAUAAAGUGACACAUUUGACUUGCUACCGUUUGUGUAACAUAAAUGGUACAUGUUGGUCUUAAUUGAAUUGAAAAGGAAAUACCUAUUGUCGGAUAUGGUGAGGUCCUUUUGUAACCGUUGGUUUUUGAUUGAAACACACUGAAACAUAAAACAAAAUGGAGCAAAAACCAACGACAGGCACUUAUCUUCAAGACAGAUGAGUUAGAGGUGUUGGUAACAUCUGUAGAGAAAUCGAAAUAUGUUAUUUUUGGGAAAUUUACAACAACGCUAACUCGGGACAUAAAACAAGGAGAGUGGGCUACGAUAGCAGACACAGUCUCUGCUGUAUCUGGCACAUCGUUAGGGUCUGCCAUAAGCCUCUCAGUGAAUAAGUUUUGCCUGUUGACAUUUUGUUGGUUGUGUAAAAGCAAUAAAAGAGCGUUAGCUAACACUACCUGGUGGAAAAGUGAAAGUUAGGACAGCUUAACGGUUAUCCUAAAGUUAGGAAAGUUUAUUUAAGAUUGGAGAAGUUAGGAUGCUUAUGUAAUACACUUUUCCUAUCUAAAAUUAGGAUAGGAAAAUUGACUUAGUAAUUGUUCAUCUGCAAUGGAUUUUUUCCUAAAUUAGGUCCUAACCCUAACUGCCAUGGUUACCAAACAGUUAAGCUAGGAUCUACAAGUUAGGAAGUUUCUGUAAUACGGCCCCAGGAAUACCAAGGAAACAAACAAGGACUUGUUUUCAAUGCUGUUUCAUCCUAGAUUAUUUUUAAAAAUCUGUUUUUUCUGUGUGUGUAUUUAUGAAUACACAAAUAAAUUAUGCAGUUGGGCAUGAAUGUACCCAGUGCUUACAUUAAUACCAUUAAAAUGGAGGUACUGUAGCAUUAAAGGAUGUGGUCUGUCAGAGUUUGUACAGGCUGCAGAUUGAACAUAAUUGCAGCAAAAUGCAAAAUGCAAUAGUAUGUUGAAACUAUUUCCCAGGUUCUUUGGUAAAUUUGAUUAAACCUAUCCAUGUGAGUAGAACCAUGACCAGUUGCUCUGUGAGAAAAUGUAAUUUAAAAAAAAGUAUUGCCUUAAUUCCCAGAAAGUGCAUACCUUUAUAAUAUUAUAAACUACAAGUAGAAAAGAUCUUGCUUAGAAGAUGAAGUCCUGCUCAGUUAUGCUGCUAAACACGGGCAGUUUCCAACUGUAAUGUCGUUUCUUGGCGGGUUUUUAAAGAAAUUCAGCUGUAAUUUUCACAUUUUACCUACUUAGUUACAGCUAUAAUUACCAGGUAAUUUAUUGUUAUCACCAUGUAUUUAAAUGCGUAAUACCUACUGCUUUGAGGGUCUCUCAAAGGAACAAUCCCAACAUUUCUUUCUGAGUGGAAAUGUUCUUAUUUUCUGUUCAACCUAAGAAGUGCUUUGUCACAUUGUGCCAUUCAUUGCGCUAUUUUAGCUCCCCGAAUAACCAUUCAGUUCCACUAGCAUGAUAUAAUUGCAGCUGGUAGCCCUAAUUAUCACUAUAGACACCCUGCUUUCUUGAUAUUGAUUCAGCGAAGAGAAUUGGUGCCAAGAGGUGGGAAAAGCAUUGUGGUUAGGCACAACCAGCACCAAAAGAAUUGGCAGUCACAGUGAAUUUGGCAGUCAGAAAAGUGUUCAUAUGAAAGACCUAAACAGGAACAAAAUGCCUGUCAUAUUAAACCUGAAACAUUACCACUGUGUUGAAUGUUUUUCAAGAGUAAAAUUGCCAUCUUAAUGUGGUGAGUUUCUUUCACUUUCACCCAGUUGCUAGGCGGUAUUGAGUGACUUCUCGACAGGAGGCUGACUGCAGUCUCACUAAAUAACUGGAAGAGGUAGACGCAUUUCAGAGAUCUCAUUUUACUCUGUCAGGAAAGAAGCAGUAUGUCGCUAUUUGAUGGCAUGGCUGCUCAGUGUGACAACUUCACCAGUGGGAAAACUGCCACCUCUUGGUAUCUUACUGUCUCUGGUGUUGUAAUGAAUCUUGUUACUCUACUUCUCGAUGGCUUUCUUCUUCUCUCUGUCCUCUCCUUCUAUUUCACCUGCUCUGAUCAGGAAUCACAGGCCAGGCAGGAGCAACAUGAAUGCUCACAAGGACUCCGUUUUUACUUGUCCAGUCAUUUACCAUCAGUGCAGCUGACUGUGUGCAGGAUGACAAGAUGAAGACGUUUGCCGCCACCCCAAACACUCUUGAAAAGACCCCAGGAAAUAAUGAGAUUUGACGGUGUAAUAUCAUGGUUGUUGAGAAAGCUGUGUUUCAGUGAUGUUAUUUAUCUUGUUCUGUGCCGACACCCUGUAAUGAUGACCUGUCACUCUUCUCUGUUUUGUGCUCUAUAUUUAUAUAUGAUCAGGCUUCUUUUAUACUGUAUUUCUUUGGAUUUAGCACCCAUUUUUUGUGCCAUACCUGCAACUAAUGAAAAAAUAAAGAAAAGGAAUAUUUUA